CACAUCCUCUGCGCGGCUUGGAUUAACCACACUGAAGCGGGAGAUUUGCACGGUGUCUCUUGAUUUAUUGUUUUUAUACAUAUAUUUACACUACAACACUUGAUUCUUUUUUUUUUUUGUUUGAAUCUGCUAAAAAUGGUGGACGCCUUCUGCGCUAAGUGGAAGCUUGUGCAAAGCCACAACUUUGAUGAGUACAUGAGGGUGCUCGGUGUGCCCUUCGCCACCAGACAGUUUGGCAACGUGACCAAACCCACGGUGGUGAUCAGCCGGGACGGGGACAAGGUGGUGGUGAAGACCCUCAGCACCUUCCGGAACACCGAGCUGGCCGCCAAACUGGGGGAGGAGUUUGACGAGACCACGCCCGAUGACCGCCACGUCAAAUCCACUUUCAACAUGGAAGGGGACAAAUUUGUGCACGUGCAAAAGUGGGACGGCAAAGAGAGCAAAUUUACCCGAGAGAUCAAGGAUGGGAAGAUGGUGAUGACUUUGACGUUUGAGGGCGUCCAAGCUGUGCGCACGUACGAGAAAGCCUAACUUCAUUCAUCGGCAUUGCUUUGCAUUUUUUAAUUAUUGUUUGCACUUCUAAUGUUGUAUUAAUCUUUUGUUUAAACACCAGAAAAAAAAAAAUGGCAACGCGCGAAUGGUUACAAUAUGACAAUAAACAUAAACCUCUGCCGUCUUUUCAUGUUAAUGAUUAAAUUCUGAGCACUUUUUCAAAUAUUUGUAGAUUUGAUUUUCCCUUGCCGUACGUAUGAAACGAUAAGUGCA